UGACACAUUAAAGCAAAUGUAAAUAAAGGCCUAGUGUUGGGGUUGGGACAAAUCAUCAUUUUUCAAGUUUUUAGACUCAAAAAAGGAAAAACUUACAUUCCCACAAUAUGGAUUCCAAAUUAGAAAUGGAUGACUACUCUCAUGCCAGUCUAGAGGGUGACAUGUCGAUACCGGGAGCUAGCAGAACAAAUGCACCUCCAGGAGCGCCAGACUUUAAUACGUUAGAUGAACCUAUUAAAGAAACAGUUUUACGUGACAUGCGUGCAGUGGGUGUGAAAUUUUAUCAUGUUUUAUAUCCGAAGGAAAAAUCGAGUCUACUCAAGGAUUGGGAUUUGUGGGGACCCUUGGUGCUGUGCACAUUUAUGGCUACGGUUUUACAAGGAUCUUCUGUUGGUCAGUAUGAUGGCGGCCCAGAGUUUGCUCAAGUCUUUGUCAUAGUUUGGAUUGGUGCAGCUAUUGUCACAUUGAAUUCCAAACUUUUAGGCGGCAAUAUUUCAUUUUUCCAGUCCGUUUGCGUCUUGGGUUAUUGCCUGACACCAGUUGCAAUAGCAUUAAUUGUAUGCCGCAUCAUUUUACUUGCCACACAGUCAUCUCUGCUAUUCUUUUUACGUCUGCUAACAACAACAAUAGGCUUUUUGUGGGCCACCUAUGCCUCAUUCAUAUUCCUGGGCGACAGUCAACCUCCCAAUCGUAAACCAUUAGCGGUUUAUCCAAUAUUCUUAUUUUUCUUUAUCAUCUCCUGGUUGGUGAUAUCUCACAAUUAAAGAUUGUGUUAUACUUAAUCUUAGUUAAGGCCAUCGUUUAGAAUAAAUAGCAAUAAUUUCGGCUU